CACCACCGUGUCUGUCAACGAGAGCCUCCUGGCGCCCCUCAACCUGGAGGUUGACUCCACCGCGCAGUGCGUGAAGCAGGAGGAGAAGGAGCAGAUCAAGAGCCUCAACAGCAAGUUUGCUGCCUUCAUUGACAAGAGGGCUGGGGAUAUUGGCUCCUCCCAUUGAGUCUCUCCCACCCUGGGUGGCAGGUGCACUUCCUGGAGCAGCAGAACAAACUUCUGGAGACCAAGCUGCAGUUCUACCAGAACCAAGAAUGCCGCGAGAACAACCUGGAGCCACUGUUCGAGGGCUACAUCCAGACACUGAGGCGGGAGACUGAGCGCAUGGAGACUGACAGCGGGAGGCUGGCCUCGGAGCUCAACCACAUGCAGGAGGUGCUGGAGGGCUACAAGAAUAAGUAUGAGGAGGAGGUGACACUAAGGAUCACCACUGAGAAUAAAUUUGGGGCCCUGAAGAAGGAGGUGGACUGUGCCUACCUCCACAAGUCGGACAUGGAAGCCAACUUGGAGGCCCUCAUCCAAGAGAUAGAUUUCCUGAAGCAGCUGUAUCAGGAGGAGCUUCAGGUCCUCCAAGCCCACAUCUCAGACACUUCAGUCACUGUCAAGAUGGACAACAGCCGGAAUCUGAACAUGGACAGCAUUGUGGCCGAGAUCAAGGCUCAGUACGACGACAUUGCCAGCCGUGGCCGGGCUGAGGCCGAGUCCUGGUACCGCAGCAAGUGUGAGGAGAUGAAGGCCACAGUGCCGGCCCGGCACGGCGAGACCCUGCGCCGCACCAAGGAGGAGAUCAACGAGCUGAGCCGCAUGAUCCAGAGGCUGAUGGCCGAGGUGGAGAACCCCAAGUGCCAGAACUCCAAGCUGGAGGCAGCAGUGACCCAGGCUGAGCAGCAGGGCGAGGAGGCCCUGAAUGAUGCCUGCUGCAAACUGGCGGGGCUGGAGGAAGCCCUGCAGAAGGCCAAGCAGGACAUGGCCUGCCUGCUCAGGGAGUACCAGGAGGUGAUGAACUCCAAGCUGGGCCUGGACAUCGAGAUCGCCACCUACCAGCGCCUGCUGGAGGGCGAGGAGCAGAGGUUAUAUGAGGGUAUUGGUGCUCUAAAUGUCUGUGUCGGCAGCUCCCGGGGAGGGGUCAUCUGCGGGGACCUCUGGGUGUCCGGCGCCCGGCCGGUGACGGGCAGCGUCUGCAGCGCCCCCUGCACCGGGAACCUCACCUUGUCGAUGAAGGAGGCGAACUUGUUGUUGAGGGUCUUGAUCUGCUCGCGCUCCUCCUGGCGCACCUGCUGGAUGGAGGGGUCGAUGUCCACCUGCAGCGGGGUCAGCAGGCUCUGAUUGAUGGUGACCUCGCGGAUGCC